CGGUGUGCGAUGGGGGGCGGGCGGCGGGCAGAGCGGAGAGGAGCGGAGCCGCCACCUGAUCCCAUCCAGGCGCUGAGAGGCGAGUGAACCGGCACUCGGCGCUCAGGGCCCCCGGCGCCCUCCGAUCCGCAUUGGAUUUCGGGACAAGGGUUGGGAGAUAGCGGCGACCACCCCCCACCCGGGUCUGAGGCAGAGCCCGCGGCGCCUCUCAGGAAUACUGGCCCUGCUACCAGAGCCCCAGGAGCCCCCAUGAGUGCCGGCGAAGGGAGUCCUGGAUAGCGAGGCCCUGGCUGGUUCAGGGGUGGGUACCCCAUCAUGCCACCCAUCCUCCAGCACGUGCAGCAGGCCACCAAGAUGAUGAGCCGAAGGAAAAUCCUGCUGCUGGUGCUAGGGUGCAGCACCGUAAGCCUCCUCAUCCACCAGGGGGCACAGCUCAGCUGGUACCCCAAGCUGUUUCCUCUGAGCUGCCAGCCUCUGCGGGACUCACCGCCCCGCCCCAAGCACAUGACUGUGGCCUUCCUGAAGACGCACAAGACUGCAGGCACCACCGUCCAGAACAUCCUGUUCCGCUUCGCUGAGCGCCACAACCUGACGGUGGCCCUGCCGCACCCGAGCUGCGAGCACCAGUUCUGCUACCCACGCAACUUCUCGGCACACUUCGUGCACCCAGCCACGCGGCCACCGCACGUGCUAGCCAGCCACCUGCGCUUCGACCGAGCGGAGCUCGAGCGCCUCAUGCCACCUGGCACCGUCUAUGUCACCAUCCUGCGCGAGCCGGCCGCCAUGUUCGAGUCGCUCUUCAGCUACUACAACCAGUACUGCCCGGCCUUCCGGCGCGUGCCCAACGCGUCGCUCGAGGCCUUCCUGCGCGCGCCCGAGGCCUACUACCGCGCGGGGGAGCACUUCGCCAUGUUCGCGCACAACACGCUGGCCUACGACCUGGGAGGCGACAACGAGCGCAGCCCACGCGACGACGCCGCCUACCUGGCGGGCCUCAUCCGCCAGGUGGAGGAGGUCUUCUCGCUCGUCAUGAUCGCCGAGUACUUCGACGAGUCGCUGGUGCUGCUGCGGCGCCUGCUGGCCUGGGACCUGGACGACGUGCUCUACGCCAAACUCAACGCGCGCGCCGCCAGCUCGCUCGACGCGGGCCUCUACGACCACUUCAACGCCACGUUCUGGCGCCGCGUGGCGAGCGCCGGCCGUGCCUGCGUGGAGCGCGAGGCGCGUGAGCUGCGCGAAGCCCGGGAGCGCCUGCUGCGGCGCUGCUUCGGAGAGGAGCCGGUGCUGCGGCCCGCCGCGCAGAUCCGCACCAAGCAGCUGCAGCCGUGGCAGCCCAGCCGCAAGGUGGACAUCAUGGGCUACGACCUGCCCAGCGGCGGCGCCGGUCCAGCCACCGAGGCCUGCCUCAAGCUGGCCAUGCCCGAGGUGCAGUACUCGAGCUACCUGCUGCGCAAGCAAAAGCGCCGGGGCGGCGUGCGGGCCCGGCCCGAACCGGUCCUGGACAAUCCUCCGCCCCGGCCCAUCCGGGCGCUGCCCCGCGGCCCCCAGGGCCACUGAGCUCUGAAGUGUCAGGGUCCUACCCUGCCCACCGGGAGUCUUGCCUGGGACUACCGCCAUCUCCUGCCUGGUCAGGGCCCCUUCUGCUGUCAGUACCUGGGGCCGCACCUCCCAAUCUGAGCCUGCCUCUCUAGGGUGAGUUGAACCCCGCCUUCGUGGAGGGUGCUGAUAGGCCCGAUCGAGCCCCGGGCCACCCUUUUCUCCUUCCUGACUGGUCGGUGACUUUAACCAGAGGUCUGCGGCCUGUCCGGAACGCCCACCCUGCCUUUUUCUGUGGGUUGAGCCCCCCACCUGUCUUUUCCAAGUGGGUGAGCCCAAGCCUCACACAGAGGAGGGCUGAGCCCUGGGAAAGGCUGCUUUGCCUGUCAGCUUCCCCGGGCUCUUGCUCUUCCUCCCAGGGGUCAGAGACCCCCACACCAUCUGUCUUCCAGGUUCCACCCUCCCCACAGACCUAAGCUGCUCCCAGACUCCCAGAACCAAGAGUUCUUGGGUUGGGCUUUUUGUUUGGUUGGUUUUUCUUUUUUUUUUUUUUUUAAUAAAAUAUCUUUAAAAGGCACAGGUUGUAUGUCAGUCACUGAAAGCCAGAUUUCCCAUGUUUGCGGAUGAGGCGGACGCCCAGGAAUAGCACCUGUGACUGUCACAGUGAGGAAGGGGGCCCAGGCUCAAUUAAGCUCCUCCACUACCCUUCCCAGAGGCUCACAACCCUCGCCAACCUCCUCGACUGACUGGGCUCACAGGGCAGACUGACCGACCACCUCAGCUCCACUAUUUUCCUUGGAGAAAAUCUAAAUCACUCCUUUUCAUUCAAUUCAGCCCCACUUACUGAGUGUCAUCUCUAACUUGGGGACAUAGGUGAGCAAGGCAGAUAGGCUCAUGGGGCUCGUGGGGGGCACAGGGAGACAUUGGAACGGGAGCAGAACCUGUAAAUUGAAGGAAGGACCAGAGCUGGGUAGAGGGAAACAACCAACUCAGGCUGAGCAGAGGCUGGAUGGGGGAUCAUGUCAGGUAAGGAGGUGCUCAAUUCCCCCUCCCCCUUCUGAGUCACCAACUUCACCACCGGCCCUCCCCACAAGGGAAGACACCCCGACUCAGAUGAGGACCAUUCCCUGACCCCAGCAUUCUUGAGCACAGCAGGACAUCCAGCACUUGCAAAUCAAACUCCCUUAAGACUAGCAGAGAAUCAGGACUGUUUCUGUCACUUUCUUCAGA